GCCGCACUUUGCCGGUUGCGAAUCUACGGCAAUGGGAGUUUCUCGUUUGCAAACUUUUCUGAAAAAUCAGGUGCCUGGAGGAUAUUCUAAAGUAUCGAUAGAAACCGAAAUCCGACACCAUCCCUCUUCAACCAUCCCCCCGAUUAUCGUGGUUGACUUAAAAUCGCUUUGUGGUUCCAUUUCUGGGGCCGAUCGGCCAGGCCUACUCUACGGAGGACGAUACGAGCUUGUCUACCGCCAGCUCGACAAAUUUUUCGGCAGAUUGACGACAUUGGGCGUGAAGCUGGUAUUUGUAAGCGAUGGCCCAACGAGACCGUCUAGGUUUGAUUGUUGGAUGAAAAGAAGCGACGAUAGAUAUAACAACUUCAUUAAAAUCAUCGAUGCAGUCGACAGUGGCAAACUCGGUCUGGACUCAUUGGUACAACAUUUUGGCAACGAUAUUCCAGCAAACACUUACCCGUUUGAAGAGAUAGCGCGAAAGCACGGUACCUUUAGGCUCUCGAUUGCAAGCGACUGCGACCAGGAUGUGGCCACCUAUGCAACUUUACAGCGUGCUAUGGCAGUCAUUACGAAUGAUACGGAUUUCCUCAUUUUUAAUGCCACUUGGCGUAUUUGGGUUGCAAGUGGUUUGGAUAUGGACGAAUUUACGACGUUUCAGUUCAACCGAACAAAUUUGAUUCAAUAUCUCGAGCUCAACCGCAAUCAAAUGCCCUUACUGGCAUCUCUAGCGGGCAACGACAUAAUCGAUUAUCAGGAACUUAAACUUUUUCAUUCGCGAAUCGGUGACCCGAAACAAACGAUUAAGAACAUCGCUAAUUUUAUACUCUCGCGACCAAACGAGUCGGUCAAAGCUCUUUUGUCACAAGUUUUCGAUAGGACCAGUGCGGAACUAGAAAAUCGGUUCCAAUCCAGUAUUGAUUCCUAUAAUAUUAAUUCCUCGACACUCGACUCCUACAUCGACCCGGAUAAAAAUCUGCAAAUUUUACUUUCUGAAAAUAACGAAUUUGCCUACCAAUUAUGGACCGAAAAUCCUUUUCAACUAACCGCUUUCUUCAUCGAUCUACGCAGUGAAGGUAAUGGAUUCGAUUAUGCAGAACUGCUGUUUCCACUGCUCGAACGCCAAGCCGGAAUCAUACUGUGGGAAAAGCCAAGUAUCAACGAAUUCACUUUGAUCAUCAAAACACAUCACAACGCUCCGCAUGCCAAAAUAAAACGGCACGUCAAACGUCCAGAACACAUGGCAGCGCUUUCAUUUUCUGACCUGUUCUCUAAAGAUUCGGUCGUGCAGGAAAACACACGCACCACUAGGCUGCAGCUGUUUUGCUGGGUGGUAUCGGACAAACUGGAUUAUGUCCGCAUCCAGUCCGUACCGGAGAGCUUGAGGGUAACCGUAGCUACCCUUUACUAUUUGAUCGAAAAGAAAAUUUUAAAACUUUUCGAGGCCGAUCUUUUGCUGCACGUUAGCCAUGAAGUUUGCUCCGGUUCGUACGAUCUUCGAACACUCACUUUGCCGAAAUUUCUCAAACCAAGACCGUUCCGUGUUGCAUUUCUGUUCACGGGACUGUACAGACAGAUGUCCGAAGCCUACGAACGACUGGGUUUAACCGGAAAGGAUUCGCUCAACUAUCCUCGCUUCGACGGUGUAUUGUUCCAUGAGCUGUACAAUGAGUGUACACUGGCCGAGAAGCCUUACGACGAAAUUCGCGAGUGGAGACUGUAUGCCCCCGAAAUGAUGGAAAAGAACCCGUGAAACGCGGAUUCAUAUUGAUUUUUUGCUUCUAAAUAUUUCACUCUACAUUUACAUGUUGGUUUUUGAACUGUUAUAGCUUAACAGUAAAAGAUUUCAUUUAAAAGG